AUGACCGGAGCUGUUGAGGCGCUCUACAUCUACGACGAGCACACCCGUCCGAUCCUCACGCAUACCUACACCUCGAGACCUUUCUCGGCGUCCCAACUCCUUCCCCUCUAUCAGGGCCACCCCCUCCCUCGUCCGAGCUUGAUAUAUCUACCUAAUACAUCGCCGCCGACCCUGCUAUUCAGCCUCACUCAUUCGAACCUGCUGUUUCUCCUGACUUCGUCUUCCGAAAUCGAACCUCUCCUCGCUCUCGAAUUCCUCCACCGGAUUAUAGACAUAUUAGAGGAGUUUAUUGGGACGCCAAUCUUAGCGCAGAAGAUUGAGAACAACUACGAUGUCGUUGCACAGCUACUCAACGAGAUGUGUGAUGCUGGCGCCAUCAGCACCACAGAACCCAAUGCCUUAAGAGAUCUGGUGGAAGUGGAAGGUUGGAUAGGGAAGCUAUUGGGGGGAAUUAACAUUCCUGGGAAACCUGGCUAUUCUGCGUCGUCAAACUCAAACAUGAGUGCUAUAUUGCAUUCGGGAAUAUCAGCAGCUAACACACCAGCUUUGCCCUGGCGAAGAGCGAACGUGCGGCAUACGUCCAAUGAGCUAUAUGUCGACCUGGUCGAGACACUGACCGUGACAUUGGCACCGUCGGGGAGACCUUUGGCGGCCUUUGCAAACGGCACCAUUGCCCUUACUUCCAAGAUCUCCGGAGUUCCAGAUCUGCUGUUGAACCUCUCCACGCCGUCAGGCAAGCAGAAUAUCAAUAGCGUUAUGGAAUUGCCGGUAUUUCAUCCAUGUGUAAGAUUGGCUAGAUGGAGAGAAAAACCUGGGGAGCUGAGCUUCAUUCCACCUGACGGAAGAUUCGUUCUCGCUGGAUAUGAGGUGGACCUACUACCAUUUCAAAAUGGCAAAUCUGGCUCUACCAGUGCUUCGAAUUUGAAAUUACCCGUCAAUAUCGAAGUCAAAACUGGUCAAGGUCCACAAGGGUCCGACUUCGAAGUCAGGCUUCUCAUCACGAAUGUCUCUGGACAGGGGAAUACGUCGUUAUCUGGGCCCUCCUCGAGAAGUAGCAGUCGAGUUGGUGGCCGUGGUGUCGGGGGUUUCUCUUCUGGACUAGGCGGUCAAGCAGGCACUUCUUCUACCCCCACGCUGGAGGAUUUGGUGGUCAGAAUACCGUUACCCGCGGACGUGAGGAAUCUUUCUGAGAUCCGAGCCAGCAGAGGCGAUACGACUUAUAAUCCGGGGGAGAGAAAUAUUGAAUGGCAUAUUCCUGCUAAGGAUACUGUUGCUGGCGGUGCUACUUUGCGUUGCACCGUUGUCGGGCCAUUGUCAAUCGAGGAGGAUUUUGAGUCUACUGGUUUCAGACUGGAGGGUGGCUACGACUAUGAAGUAGAUGCAUAUCAGAGCUCUUCGGCGAAAUCCAAACCUCCGGAGACAGAAGAGCAAAGAGAUGCGAAAAAAGUGGCUCAGAACAAAAUUCUCAUGCCAAGUUCUGCGAUGGUCAGUUUCUCCGUCAAAGGAUGGCUGGCCUCUGGGAUCAAGGUGGAAAGUCUUGUCAUCGACACGAGGAAGAGUCGAGGACUCGGUGAAGGUGUUAAGCCGUAUAAGGGCGUCAAAUACCUGACUGUCAGUAGAGGCGGCGUUGAGAUAAGAUGUUAA